AUGGUUUGUAUUUUGUUGGAACAAGUUGACGUUAUUCUUGGAAUAAAUUGGUUGGAGUUAAACCAAGUGUUUACCAAGUGUUUUGAUAAGUUGGUGCAGUGUGCUGCUGAUUGCAAGUGCUCAGACGAUGCUUUGUUGGAAGCUAAAGGAAAGGGAGUAGUUUAUGAUCUUCCUGGAGUGUGUGAAUUUCCUAAAGUGUUUCCUGAAGACAUUAGUGAUUUGCCUCCAGAGCGCGAAGUAGAUUUUUCUAUAGACUUAGUACCUGGUACUAGUCUGGUGUCAAUGACUUCUUAUAGGAUGUCUGCUUCAGAGUUGGGGAAAUUGAAGAAGCAACUAAAAGAUUUGCUUGAGAAGAAGUAUGUUCAACCAAGUGUUUCUCUGUGGGGUGUGUCAGUGUUAUUAGUGAAAGAAGAGGGACGAUAG